GGAGUCGACCUGGGAACCGCCGGAAGUCGCUCAAAGGAGAGACAGGAAGUCCCUCCUCUUCCUCCCAGAGGGAAGACGGUGAGCCGGAGGAGUCAGUCAGAGGGGCGAGCAGGAGCGAUCCCGUCGGCAAACAGGUUACGAGUGCCCAGUGAGCCGCCCUGACGCAGGACCUUCUUAAUGAUGGAUACUGAGAAGAAGCCAGAGAACGAUGAGGAUGAAAAUGCAAACAAAGAAGCAGGAGACUCGAGAGAUGUCUCAUCUCAUGAUGUAGAUUGUGGGCCCAUAGUUGAUGCGGUAGCAAAUUCCUCUGAAAACUCCACAAGCAAGAGAGGUUUUUCAGAAUCCUCAAACCUCGGCAGCGUCACCGUGGGGCAAGAUGGGAAUAAACAUGCUUCCAAACGAAUGAAGUUAUCGGCCGAGGCAGAGCACCUAAAGCGUGAAGAGCGGGGCGCUCGCGGGCUGGAAGCUUCUGAGAGCACGGUCCCCGAAGGGCACGUCCUGUCGGGUGAGGCAGUGAAGGAGACCCUCCUGAAUGAACGCCCCGAUGGAGGCACGAGUCUCCCCAGUGCCUUCUCCCCGCCUCCCAGUUUGAGCACCACUGAUGCUGUUUCUCCGAAAACAGACACCGAAGAAAAGUCUGCUCGGGAAAUGGUUUCCCUUGACCCGGGAAGAGAAUCUCCUUUGCCCCUGAAAGAGAUGAGUGUCGGUUGUACUGUUGGAAACGUAGAUACGGUCUUCAAGUGCGACGUAUGUGGUCAUCUGUUUUCCUCCUGCACUGACUUGGAAAAACAUGCUGAGGGUCACCUGCAGCCACCUGGGGAACACGCCUGCUGCCACUGCAGCCACAAAGCAGAGAGCAGCGCGGCGUUGCACGCGCACGUCCGGCAGACCCACAGGCCGCAGCGGGUCUUUUCUUGCGAUCUCUGCGGCUUUCAGUGCGUGGAAGAAAACCUGUUGAAUGCACAUUAUCUUGGCAAAACACACCUCCGGCGUCAGAAUCUUGCUGCUCGUGGAGGAUUUGUACAGAUCUUAACAAAACAGCCCUUUCCCAAGAAACCUUGUUCCAUCGGAACAAAAAGUGUUCGCGUGAAACCGAGAGCUUCUAAGCCAGUAGCAAAGGCUAGUGAUUCAAAAGGAUUACGAGACGUUGGAAGCAAAUUUAAAGAUUUCAGAGGGGGCCUUUCUCAGCAAAGCGGAAGUAGCAGUGAGCUGCUUGUCGAAAUGACGCCGUCCAGGGAUCCUUCGUCAGAAACAGUAGAGAUUGUGGAAGAAAACGUAACUUCUCUUGGCAUAGCUCGAAAUCCUGAAAACCAAAGUAAAACUAAAAAGUUAGCUCUGGUCAGCUCAGAGGGUCUCUUAGAUAAGGUGGAAUCUUCCAGAAGUAGCCUACAGGCAGCGCACGGUAUCAGCGCAGGCUCGAGACCAAGACCUGAGCGAAACGUCCUCACGUUGGGCGGUAGCUUCCGUCGACGAAGCGGCACUUUUACUUUAAAGGGCCAGGCCAAGAAAAGGUUUAAUCUUUUAGGAAUUAGUAAACGAGCAACUACUGAUGUGCAGAGGGUGUUUAUGAAACACUUGAGAACCCAGGUGAGAACAGGUGACGCAGAGUCUGCGUCCAGACACGCAGAAGCGAGUGGCGGUGUCCACAGUCUGUGUGUGACUUCCCCAGAAACACGGGACCCGAAGCAGGACAGAAGAAGCUCCCACCUCGCGUGCUCCCUGGACUCUCCCGCCGCGAGGCCAGCUGCUGCCCAGCAGACGUGUCCUUGUACGGACUGUGCUCAAGUAGCUACAGAAAGGACGGAGCUGGAGACCUGUGGGGAGGGGUGCCCCACCGGAGACGUGAAGCUUCGCUGCCAGGAGCGUGACUUUUCCAGCCCGUCGAGGAGGGACUCGGACAAGCAUUUGUACGACAACCAGCACCAGCACACCGCCAGCGUCCUCCGUUGUCAGCGCUGUUCGUUUAGUUCCGAGAACGAACCAGGUCUUACAGACCACAUGAAGGAGAAGCACAAUAUGUGUUUUGUCUGUACUCCUUGUAGUCUGUUCUUCUUGUCUGAGAAGGACCUGGAGGAGCACAGAACAACUGAGAAGCACGUUCGUUUAUUGGUUCAGCCAGAGGCUUCUCAACCGCGUAACAGUGAUUUGGUGUUACAGUCUUUACCCUUAAGUACUUUAGAAUCAGAAAAUACAAGAGAUGCUCUGAGUGAGUCCGGUAAAGCAGCUCAGGAAGAGCCCGUUAAGUCCAGGGUGAGCCAUGGACAUGAAGUCAGGCAUUCCAGUAAGCCUCAGUUUCAGUGUAAGAAGUGUUUUUAUAAAACAAGGUCUUCCACUGUCCUCACGAGACACAUAAAGCUCCGGCAUGGUCAGGACUACCACUUUUUGUGUAAAGCAUGUAAUCUUUAUUCGUUGAGCAAAGAAGGCAUGGAGAAGCACAUUAAGAGAAGCAAGCAUCUUGAAAAUGCCAAGAAAAAUAACAUCGGCUUGAGUUUUGAAGAAUGUAUUGAAAGGGUGUGUAUAGGUGCAAAUGAUAAAAAGGAAGAGUUUCAUGUUUCUGGAAAUGGCAGGAUAGAAGGCCACGUGGAAGGUGCACAGUUACAGGAGCAUGUCUGCCUCGAAAAGAGCGUGCUGACUACCAAGGAACUGUCACAGUCCGGCGGAAUGACCAAAGAAGGGGAGGUCACUUUGACCGCCACCCCAAAGAGAGGGAGACCGAAAGGUAACAUCUCACGGACAUGUUCUCAUUGUGGUCUCUUGGCCUCUAGUAUCACAAACUUGACUGUUCACAUUCGACGAAAGCACAGUCACCAGUACAGUUACUUGUGCAAAGUGUGUAAGUAUUACACCGUAACCAAGGGAGACAUGGAGCGUCACUGUGCCACUAAGAAGCAUAAAGGACGAGUAGAAGUAGAAGCCAGCGGCAAACAAAGUUCAGACAUCAUUGUCGGCCCUGAAGGGGGUAACCUUGAAGCCUGUAGAAAGAGUGCUACGUCAGCGGUUUCAGGGGAGCACGCUAACAAGUCUGCUGAGUCAGAUGCCUCUGUUUCAGAAAAGCCAGGAGCAGAGCGUGGAAAUCCAACUGAAGUCGAAGUGGCAGGUGUGUGUCAUUCUGUAGAUGGGGAAGCUGACAGCCGUCUUCCUGAUAAAAAGGAACAGAUGUGUCUGGAACCGGAGGGCCCUGUCCAGCAGGGGGACGCUACGAGUGUAAGCGAUAAUAAGUGUGUACACUGUGAGUUUAGUGCCCACUCUUCUGCUUCUCUAGAGCUGCACGUAAAACGGAAGCAUACAAAGGAAUUUGCUUUUUAUUGCAUGGCGUGCGAUUACUACGCCGUGACCCGUCGAGAGAUGACGAGGCAUGCAGCCACAGAGAAACACAAGGUGAAAAGGCAGUCUUACCUGAAUUCUUCGGACAUGGAAGCAGGUUCUGCAGACGUGCCCAGGAGUAUCAUCAUAUCCAACGAGCAGCAUGAGCAAAAUUCUGAGGAAUAUCAAGUGAUUUCAGACCAACCAUCUGAAGAAAUUCUGAAAUCUAGAAGUACCGCUGAUUGUUCUGUUUUGGAUGAGAAUACUCAUCUAGGUGUGGCUAAAGUACUCCGUGCUCCCGACUCAGUAGAAAUUGAGACUGGAGAUGAAUCUAAUCUCAGUGAAGAGCAUUCCUUCUGUGAAACUUUCCAACAGCCCCUUGCCAAGGAAAAAGCUCUGAAACCCGAGGAUGUGUCCCUUACUGUUUCCUCUGAUUGUGCCUCCCCGAGCAGAUUUCAGGGUGAAAAUGCAGGAAGCUCAGCUUUGGAUUAUGAGCCAGUAGAGAGAAGCCACAGCAUGCUGAAUGACAUUGGUGGUCCAGGCACGCAUGGCGAGAGCGACGUGGGACGUGUGGGCGAGAAUGCAAGUGAAACCCUGAGCAAACGUGGAUGUCCUGGAGGUUUAGGGGGAGGGCAUCUGGCCGAAAGCACCGUCCCUGUUGUGAUGACAAGGACGGGACAGGAGCCAGACCUGGAGAGCCGUGGUCAGCACGACGUUGGAAGUGUGCAGAGUUCAGAGGACUUGAAAGAUGGUACCCAAGAAGACCCCGUUCUAGAGAACAAGGAGAUUCUGAUGAAUUCCCAGCAUGAAACUAAAAUUAUCUUGGAAGAGGAUGGUCUGGCUUCUGAUAGCACAGUUGAAAGUAACGAUGUGUAUGAAACUAUAAUCAGCAUUGAUGACAAAGGACAGGCCGUGUACAGUUUUGGCCGGUUUGAUUCUUCCAUAAUAAGAAUAAAGAGCCCUGAAGAUGGUGAGUUGUUGGACCAGUCUGAAGAGGGUCUCAUAACCACAGGCGUGAGGAUCGGUGAGUUGCCCUUAAAAGACUGUGCCCAAGGUGUGAAAAAGAAGAAAUGUGAAGGUAGUUCCUUUGGUGAAUCCACACGAAUUCGUUGCGAUGAUUGUGGCUUCUUAGCAGAUGGUUUGAGUGGACUGAAUGUGCACAUAGCCAUGAAGCACCCUACGAAAGAGAAGCACUUUCAUUGUUUACUGUGUGGAAAGUCCUUCUAUACCGAGAGCAACCUCCACCAGCACUUGGCUAGUGCUGGUCAUCUGAGGAACGAGCAGGCCAGUGUGGAGGAGCUUCCGGAGGGAGGGGCCACCUUCAAAUGUGUCAAGUGCACGGAGCCCUUUGACUCAGAGCAGAAUUUAUUUCUCCAUAUUAAAGGGCAGCACGAAGAGCUGCUUCGGGAGGUGAAUAAGUACAUAGUGGAAGACACUGAGCAGAUCAACCGCGAGAGAGAAGAAAACCAGGGGAACGUCUGCAAGUAUUGUGGGAAGAUGUGUCGAAGUAGCAAUUCGAUGGCAUUCCUGGCGCACAUUCGCACUCACACAGGAUCAAAACCAUUCAAGUGCAAGAUAUGCCACUUCGCAACGGCUCAGCUUGGCGAUGCCAGAAACCAUGUCAAAAGGCACCUUGGGAUGAGGGAAUACAAGUGUCAUGUCUGUGGGGUUGCUUUUGUAAUGAAGAAGCACUUAAAUACUCAUCUGCUAGGCAAACAUGGAGUUGGCACCCCCAAAGAAAGGAAAUUUACAUGCCACUUGUGCGAUAGAAGUUUCACAGAGAAGUGGGCCCUGAACAACCACAUGAAGCUGCACACGGGAGAAAAGCCAUUUAAGUGUACCUGGCCCACGUGCCAUUACUCAUUCCUCACGGCCUCCGCCAUGAAAGACCACUACAGGACGCACACAGGCGAGAAGUCGUUCCUGUGUGACCUCUGCGGCUUCGCGGGCGGCACGCGGCACGCCCUCACCAAGCACCGGCGCCAGCACACAGGAGAAAAACCUUUCAAAUGCGAUGAGUGUAACUUUGCCUCCACAACCCAGUCUCAUCUGACUCGACAUAAGCGGGUGCACACGGGGGAAAAACCCUACAGAUGCCCCUGGUGCGACUACAGGUCCAACUGUGCUGAAAAUAUCCGCAAACACAUUCUACACACCGGCAAACACGAGGGGGUCAAGAUGUACAACUGCCCCAAGUGUGACUACGGGACGAACGUGCCCGUGGAGUUCCGGAACCACUUGAAAGAGCAGCACCCGGACAUUGAAAACCCGGACCUGGCUUACUUGCAUGCUGAGCAGGAGCGUGCGUGCGAGUCCCGGACAUAAUCGUCGGCAUCUCACUCCCCGUGAUGCCGAGGCUAAGCAGAGGAGACCUGAUGCAGAGGUGAUGCCCACAGUUCCAAAACCGGCUUCUAAGUUUUAGCGAGAGCUUAUCAACCUCAGCGGCCGGAUUACCACGAUGAUGAGAAAAAGCUCGUCAUUCUCUGGUUUCAUCCUCCUUGUGAUUUACGGAGUAGGAAACAAUGUCGAUAGAUAGGGGGAAAAAAUCUGUGGUGUGGGAAAGGGGGUGGUGCCACUUAGCGGCUCCUCUCUGAGUGCGGGCCCUUUAUUGUUUCACGGGAGAGAAUUCAUCCCAUUUGUUGUUACAACGACAUACCUGAAUGAAUCAGGUCUACCUUGUGCACGCCCAAGAUGAGGAAAAUGAUUUAUUAUCCGUCCCUUGAAUUUCUCUGAGCGUUCUGUCUAAACUUAAAAGGGGAUUACAUUUGCGAUUAAAUCCUAACAAAUGUUGUUUUAACUAGACUGCAAUAUAUGUUAUUGACAACAAGCGACUUUUCUUCUCAAAAUAACAUUGGUGCUUAGGCAUGCAAUUUACAAAAAUGACAAGAAAGGGUGGUACUUUUCCCAAGGUGAAUGUGAGCUGACUGAUUAGCUGGUAUUUUAACUUAGAUUCUUGCAAAUUACAGACAUAAGAAAACCUGCAAUUUCUAUGUACUUUAGAAGUGAAAGCUUUAAUCCCGUGAUUCAUGAAAGUAAAGUGGUAAUAAUUUAAGUACCAUAUUUUAUUUAUCCCUCAGACUUGUCAGCUGAUACCAGAAGUAUUUCUACUAUUUUGGGGUUGCUGCCUUUGGCCACCUAAUUGCUUCUUAGGAAGUAAGAGGAAAAUUGCUUAUAUAACUGCAUGGAUUGUCUUUGGCAACAUCGAGCCAAGGCAUCAAUCAGUCCAUCUGGGUAAAAUCACAAGCUGACUCCGAUAUUGCUAAAUAUUUAUACUGUCAAAUACACACAGACAUCCAGAUGAAAGGAGGCAUUCAUUAGGAAUUCUCCAGCUUGUCAGUUUAAAGAUGUAGAUUAGAGCAAAACCUCCCACUAUGGUACUGAGUGCUCAAGAAAAGUCUAUAUUUAGCCAUUCUGAGCAAUAAAUAUCAUCAUAUUGCCUCAUUUAGGUAAAUAGAGAAUAAAUAUUGUCAAGAUGAUCUAGAGAUAAUGUAAACAGAUCCCUGUUCAGACUCUGUGUUACCGGGGAAAUUCCAGGACAGUGAUGUGCCGAUGAUGCUUUUUGGUUUAACCCUUUUUCUUAAUCACAUCCCCCCUCCUCUUUUUGGUAACAGAGAUUGUGUUGCUGACAGAUUAGGGGAAGAGAUGAAGGAGAAAAUCUUUUUAACCACAAAGGUGACUUCGAGUUAUGUGACUCGAACGCUAAUUAGUGCUCGUGCUGCAGUAUUGUCUCGAUAGUUGCAAAAGCUGCUGCUGAAAAUAAAGAUAUCUGUAGCAACACCGAAGUUCGCUUCAGAGCUUAACAGAGCUAAUGAAGCCCGUCGGUCCCCAGGGCACGUUGCCACUCAGAGGCCAGGGCAUUACUUGAUAGUAUCCCGAGGUCGCGCUCGGACUGGGAUUUCUUUCGGAGCACGCUCUUCUGAAGUGAGGUUCCCCACACUGUGAGGCUUUGCCACGAGAGACUCAGAUCUGGACCUUGGCGCACACGGUGCGGUCUCUGUGCUGAGACUCUGGCACAGCGCCCUCGGCGGCGUGCGGCUCCCCCGUUCCCUGGGAGCAGAGGAUGUGCCCCUUCGCGGGCACCUGCUCAUCGCUCUUCCCCGGUAAUUGAUGAUCCCAGAAGUUACACUCAAUGGGAAUUUCAACUGAUGUCAAAGUUUUAGUUAAUUACACUAGAUGAUUUUUUUGAGAUUAAUAAUUAACAUCUCUCUUUAUAACUAAAUAUCCAUAAUUAAUCAGCAAAUCAUAACGUGAAGACUAAUUAACUUCAAACUCCAAUCUUAACAGAAAAUCCAUAUUACUCUCCAACAUCAUUAAUUACCAGAGUAAUCAAAGUUCUCCCUCAUGGGAUAAAACAUAAAGCUUUGUGGGUUUAUCAGCUAAGCUGUUGGCACAGAAGAAUUUCCAAAGUAACUUUAAAUGGCGUUGCCGAUUCCACAACUACUGGAUUGUUCCCACACGUCUUCAUUGGCUGCGUGUUGCGUUAUCAGGACACUGCUCCCGGCAGCCGGCUGUGGAACCACCAGAGCGGAAGCUUCUCCAUAGUGUCUGGGUUGGGUUUUGGGUUUCGGUUUUUGUCUUUUUUGUGUGUUUUUCCCACAGGAGGUUCACACAGCGAUUCCUGGCAAGCAGGUAAUUUGGUUCAGCGUCCUUAAAACUGCGUGUGCUCCUUGUUUCUUUUCCUCUGCCUCCCAGAAUGCUACUGAGCUAGUGUUAAAUGAUCAGCGACAAGCUGAAGAAUACACCUGACGUUGUUCACAGGCGGGGAUUUGUUUUCAAUAAUAACAACAACAAAAAAAGGUGUGUCCGUGAGUUAGUAAGUGUUACAGAAAACUGAAAAAUUAAAGGCCGUUGUGUAAAAAAAGGCAGGAGUGCCGCGCGAGGCAAAGCCACGAACGGGCACAUCACGGGACACGAAACAGGACCGUCGUAGUUUCUGAGAGACGGGGUGGCACCACUCUUUAAAAAUUGAAAAGUGUCUUUUCAGGUUUUCAUGUGGGAACUCGGGAAUUAAAAGUGUAUUUAAAACCCAUGUUUCAAUUAUUGUAUCACUUGAUCUUCCAAAUGCACACAUCGAAUACCGUUCUUUUGUGUGGCAGCUGUAAAAGUCCUCAGCAAUUUCUACUGUCAAGAAAAGUCUGAAUAAAUAGAGGCUGUUAACUUAGGCAGAUAUCUGAGGUUAUUUGGUGGCAAUCAAGGACUCACAGCACUUCAACUAAUGGGUUAUGAUCAGAAACUGUUCCUAAUAGCCAGCUAGAGGGAUCCGAAUAUGAAGAUUUCUAUAAUUUUGUUGUCAGCUUGUGAUGUACUCUAGUGCUAAUUAUUUGGAACAAUUAUGUUUUCCUAAUAACAAAAGAAGCAGCCGUGAAUUAAGCAGGCUUACCUUCAGAUCUUCAGAUAACAGUUUAAAUGCACUUGCCAUUAAGAAGUAACAUUUCUUUUUGCUUUACGGAGCCCUGAUUAUUGAAGGUGCUUGUCUGUUAAAACUGCACGGUUUCCACUUCUUGUAGACCUGUUCGAAAUGUCAGUUUACAGUGAUGAUUCAGUAACUAGUAUUUUCUCAGUCUUAGGUUUAUGCCUGUACCUCCCAUAGGCUGCUUACUUCAGUUAGUUAUUCAAAAACCGUAAUUAGUGCGGUAAUUAACGUGUGGAUCCUUCAAAGAAGACUGCUGGAAUCAUAGGACGCCUCUCAUCGUCCUCACUGAUGUGUGCACGAUAAAGAGACUUAGGGCAACGUGACAGCAGAUUUGUAUUCUUGCACAUUAACUGCUGCGGGGAGGUUCAGACAGGACCUUGGUCCACGGAGCCCCAACGUUUGAAAAAAGUAAUUAUCCACACUGUUUCUAUAAUUCAACUAGGUGUUAUCCUGCAUUUGCAGCUGCCAAAUCAUUUGUUCUAAGUGUUUUUUUACAUCUUAUGAAUACUGGAAAGUUUUGAGUUUUGCACAUGAGCUCUUAACCCAUUUCCAAACAGAGACGCCCAGCCUGCCUGCUUGCUCUGCCUGCUUUUUUUGUUCUGUUUUGUUCUCUUUUAAGGUUGUGUUGUAAUCCAUUAUGGAGGGAGUCUUUCUCGACAAAUUGAUUUCAGGCAUUUGAUGGUAAUUUGAGUUGAUGCAGGUUACGAUUUCAAAAUCAUAGUCAUAAGGAAAAGGCUCAAUUUCAUACAUUUCCCCAGGGAAAUUUUUUGGUGAAAUCUCUGUUUUCUCAUAAGCUGGAUCUGUUGUGUUCCGGCCACGGUAAAUGAGUUGUAUGCAAUUAGAUUUGGCCGGCCCGACACAGGGAGGCACAGGAGGCACGGGAAUGGUUCUGCUGCGUUCGCCACUGUCGACCUGGCCUCCUCUCUCUGGCUCUUUCGGUCGGAACACCUGGCCUUUAGCUUCCUGUAAACGGUGGCCCUUUUCUUCACGUUGUCACUCGAAACCCCAUACAGCGUUUUACCCCUCAGGUGGCUGGCUGGAGCGGCCCCGGUAGCACCCGGCCUGCCCUUGCUGACCGCCAGGGCCUUGACGAAGCCUGAGGGCUCUGCGCGUUUUGCCUUCUGCAGAGUCUGUGGGUGUGGGGUAUUGGACACGGGGUACUGGAUAUUGGUAGGGCACAGUCACAUUUAAAAGAAA